GAGAGUACUGUGAUCGUCCCAUCAACAACAACAAACUCUGUUUCUCUUUCCACUCCAUUCUCUGUUUUUCUCAACGACGAAAGAUUUCGAUCUUUAUAAUUAACCUCUUUUUACUCUUUAAUUACUCUCGAAUAAAUACUUUCUUCUCUGACAUUUAAUUAGUCUUCUUUAUUCCAAUGACUGACUAAACGAUUUUAUUAGUCUUCUCUAACACGUUUUUUUUUUUUUGUUACAAAAAUACAUGAUUUUAUUUCAAUACAUAUAUUUGUUGUUGUUACUAAGGAAAGAACUAAUUUAAUUUGCAUCCGAAUUUGUGAUAAAUUCUUUAGUAUAGAAAACGACCCUCGUGUUCGUGUAGCAGCAUGCAAAUAACGAUGGAGCAAAAAGGAUUAAUUGGGAUCUGUGAAAUCCGUUAGAGAGAAAAGAAGCUGAGGGCAUAAAAGUAAUUUACAAACCAAAUAUUCUCUGCAACAAACGAUGCAAACAAACAAAAAGCAACCACAGCUUAAACCCUUCCCAUAAAACCCACACAUCCUUCACUCUUCUCUCUCUCUCUCUCUCUCGCUUUUUUACUUUUACUCUCAUCUUCUCUAUCAUCUCUCUCCUCUCUUCUCUGUAGCUUAAAAAGCUCUCAAAAAUGGCGGAACCACCACCGUCUUACCAUCAUUUCGUGAGUCCUGCAAAACCUCGAUCAUCGAGCAAACGUCACUCUUUCUCCUCUUCUUCACAUCCGACUUCCCACCGUCUCUUCCCGUGUCAGUACUGUCCCCGCAAGUUCUACACAUCUCAAGCUCUCGGCGGUCACCAAAACGCUCACAAACGCGAACGCGCCGCUGCUCGUCGUAACCUCGGCGUCCUUGCUAACUCUCCACCCAUCCUCGACGACAACACGUUUCUUCGUCCUUACCCUUGCUUUUACCAAAACCCAUUUCAAGGAUCUACUUCUGGAAGCGAACCGGUUCAGGAGCAGACGACGAUGAUGACGAUGGGUGGGUACGAUCCGUUUAAUCCGUUUCCGUAUGUGUACCCGUUUGGACUAUCCGGUAACAACGACGGCAACGGCGUCAUGGAAGAAGACGAGCCUCUCGAUCUCGACCUUUCUCUCCGUUUAUAAGUUAUCUCUGCUUUUUUUUUCUCUCUGUUUUGUUUUUUUUGUUCAGAUGACUCUAGCUUUUAAGUACAACUUCGGAGCUAUGUAGUAGAGUUCAUGUCCUGCUUUUGAUAACUAGCUGCUACCUUUUUUGGAUAUUACUUAUGACGACGAUGAUCGUUUCGGUUUUAAGUUUCU